AUGUUGCAGGAUGACAACUUAGAUCGUGGGGCUCAUAGUGACAGAGGCGGCGUAUGGUUUGGGCCACGUCUGGGAAAGAGGUCAUUGCAGCUUGUAGAUGAAAGUAACAGCCAAACUUUCCUUCGGUUGCUUGAGGCGGCUGAAGCUCUGAAAUAUUAUUAUGACCAAAUGUCCUAUCAAAUGCAAGCAGACGCCCCGCAGAAAGUUAUAAAAAAAGUGAUAUUCACCCCAAAACUGGGUAGAGCAUUGGAUCAGUACAGUGAGAAAAUGAUUGAAAACAUCGAAUUUACACCAAGACUAGGAAGAAAGCUGCCAGAAAGAACACCAACUACGCCCAGUGAUGAGGAGAGUAUUCAAGACACAAUCGCAGCAAAUCGUCGCCCGAGUUACUUCUCUCCAAGACUUGGUAGAAAUUAUAAUUUCUCGCCCCGACUUGGAAGAGAAUUAUACGGUUACUUCUUCAUUUUCAUAAAACUAAUAAACAGUUAUCUGUUAAUCGCUGCUAAUCUAAAUGAUUUUCGUACAAUCGCUGAGAAACUCGUCCCACAGAACUUCGCCCACAAACUAGUUAAGAUGGUAACGCAUCAGGAUUUCGUUAAAUCUGAAGCUAGCUACGACAAUAGUGGGUACGAUGAGAGUGAUACUUCAUCUGUAGGCCAACCGUACUUAAAAGGUAAGGACUAUCAACCAAAAAAGGUUUACAACAUCCAAGAAACUAAAGUAGACUUCGAUGAGCUAGUAGAAAGAGUCAAGAAAAGAUUAGAAGAAGAGCUUAAGAAUAAAUAUCUUAAACAUAAACAACAGAAUGAAGAAAGAGAUAGAGAUAUAAAAGAAAGAGAUGUCACACAAAAUGGCGUCAAUAUUAAGAUUGUUGACUUUAAUAAACAAACUUCAGAGCAACCGAAAAAAGAUACAAUCGUUGAUGAAAAUGCUUAUGAGGAUCUAGAAUAUGAGGAUAUCACGGAGAAACAAGAAAAACAAGAUGCUGAACCGAAAAUAAUAAAACUAACAACCCAAGCUACGGAAUACGCUGACGCGAUGGAAGAGGUAGCCGAUAGAAUAAAACUCUCGCAUAAAAGUAGAAUAGCAACAAAGAAAACAGAACAGGAUUACGAAAUAGUGACACAGAGCGAUCUAUUUAACAAAAUUGACUUAAUUAAACAAGACAGCUACGAAGAUUACAAAAUACCAAACAAGAAAAACAUAUACGCAAGCGAAGAAACGACUAAAGCUGAAAUACAGACAGAAAACUAUGAAGGUAACAAAAGAUUUAAAGUACAACAGAAUAGACAAAUAACAAGACGUGUAAAAUUCGGCGAGAUGAAAUACAAUAGCCAAGAAAUAAAGAAAACAGAUGAAGAAAAUGAUACAAUUAUAUUAUCAGAAAAUAAAGAUAGGACUAGGAAAGUCAAAAAGGGGACUAUGAUACCCAAAAGAGAGUUAUACACUAUAGUCACACCCAAUUAUAUAGAGAGGAUCCCAAAUGUAGUUGAGAAAUACAACUUCGAUGAACCACUACCAGCUAAGGACAGAGAAAGAGAGGAGAUUAGGUAUUAUGGGAAUCCACCAGCAAGCAUCAAUAAGAAAGUGAGAUUAUUGUAA